AUGUCCACUGAGGAUGUCGAUGACGGAGGCAUAUUUCUCGGAGACAUGUUCACGGAACCUCCAAGACCGCCCACCCCUGAACCAACAUUCUCCACCUACGAACGCGAGCGUCCUGACGACGACGAUUGGCGAAAGAUCGAGAUUCGUCUCGUUGGUUCUCAUCCCCUCUGGGGCCACUAUCUAUGGAACGCCUCCCUGGCAUUCGCCUCAUAUCUCGACGACCACCCCGAGCUGUAUCAAGGCAAGGACGUGCUCGAGCUUGGCGCGGGCGGAGCCCUGCCAGGUUUAGUGAGCGCAAAGAACGGGGCGAGACAUACCGUCUUGACCGACUACCCAGAUCGGGCUCUCAUUGACAACAUUUCUUACAAUGUUGGGCGCAACAUCCCAGAAGAAGCUCGAGCUGCAGUUGGCGUUGAGGGGUAUAUCUGGGGCCAUCCUGUCGAACCAUUACUGCAACUCCUACCUGACGGUUCCGGGGAACGGGCGUAUGACCUGAUCAUACUGUCAGACCUCGUUUUCAACCAUUCACAGCACAACGCGAUGCUUAGCACAUGCGUGAACGCCCUCGCGAAGACACGUCCAGCCACAGUACUCGUGUUCUUCACCCAUCACCGUCCCCAUUUCGCAGCGCGCGACAUGGAGUUCUUCACGAAGGCGCGCGAACAGGACUGGGUCUGCGAGGAAAUCCUCACUCGCAAAUAUCCGCCCAUGUUCCCUGAAGACCCCGGUGAAGAAGAGGUUCGGGCGACCGUGCAUGGAUGGAAAUUGACGAGACGAUAA